AUGGAUAACGAGUUUCAAGGCGAGCGUGAUCAUCAAGAUCGGGAAUAUCAAGCCGAAGAAUCGGAGCUGGACUUCGAAAUUGAGGACUUUGCAUUUGAAGAGGAUCAGGGCAUAGAUUGGGAGUCAUGGUGGCAGAUCAUCGUACAUCGAAACGGGGGUAUCCAAGAAGCCGACCCGCCUGAAUAUCCAGACGAAGCCUGGAGUUUAGAUGACAAGGAGGCCCCUUUCCCCUUUAACCUUGACGGAACGUGGCACUGUGCCGCGCUGUUGGUGCUGAUAAUUCUCAUACACUCCGAGUUAGAUACGGAAUGGUUGCUCCAACGCGGGUAUAGGUGCUACCUCUUACGCAUAUUCUUCAGAAUAACUCUCACGGUAGCUAUCUCUUUCUUCAGCACGUUGGUGUUCGAAGUCAUCGGCAAUAUACUUGACCUGGCGAGGGAAGCCAUAAUCGACAGGAUAUCACUUCAGGUAAAAGCGUUCUUUGUGGAGCGCCUAGGUUGGGGACCUGUUGACAACGAGGGACGUGCCGACUGGGCAAAUGGUGUUCCGUUCUACCACGAUACGGCGUAUUUUCACCAGCCUAUUAUUGAGAUGGUCAGUGACAUUACUAUAUUGGCUUUCCACUAUGUAAUUGCGGUAAAGCUAUCAGUUAUUCGACUAAUAGCGGGCUCCGGGGUUAUUUGGUUAGCGGAACUGGUAUCAGCAGACCUAACUAGGUUUAUUGCGAGCUUACCUUCUUAUUUCGCUCUGCCUAGGCCCGAGAUAAACGAUUCGUUCGACGCGAGGACUUUACUCUGGGAGUACGGAGUCCCGUCGUUUCUACAGGUGUGGACAGCGGCAUUCUUGUACUUGUCCGUCUUCCUAUUCAUGUCGAGAGCGGAAAAACCAAUCAUCCUAGGACUAGGUGGCCAAGAUCCCUUUUCUAAACUUGCUUUCCAGCUUCUCCGGGCGACUGCUAUGCACCUGCUAGCAUACACGGCCUACCAAAUUACCUGCAGUUGCGUAAUCGCUGCUCAGGCGCUUCUAUUCCGGUUUAACAUAUACGAUUUGCACAGCUCCUUACUUGGUCAGAUAUUGAUGAAGAGGAGUAACAUAGAGCUGUCUUUGGGAGCUGGCGUAUGGAUUAUGGUUGCGCACUGGUUGGUUAAGAGCGCUUGUAGAUGGUUCGUCGCUAUCUGUUGGCCGUUAUGGGUUUCAUACGUCGCAUGGCUAUCAAUCAAGACGGAGGAAUCAACCUGGCAGAACUGGAUUGUAUAUGGAUCACUGCUCGACAGUGAUAUGGAUGUACUUGAUCCGGAUAAGAGAGUUACUGUGAGGGCAAUAAUGACCACCCUGUUUGGCUUGAAGAGCUCAUGGCCAGCUAGGAUGAGACUGAGUACGGGGGAUAACGUAGACUAG